AUGUUUGAAAUCGACAUCGCAACUGUUAUGUUCACAACAGUUAAUCUUGUCGUUCUUCUUGAUUAUUUGGUAAAUAUUUUAAUGGAGUGGCUAUACCCACGAGUUGAUGAAGAAUUUCCAUCUUUGUCUGAAAUCAACACUCUCAAUACUCUUUUUGCUUUUAUCAUUGAGAGACCGAAUUGUAAUGUUAGCUCAGAUAUCAAAUCAAAUUAUGAUGUUAGCUCAGCUAUCAAAUCAAAUUGUGAUGUAGAUGUCAAAUCAAAUUGUGAUGUUAGCUCAAAUGACGAAUCAAAUUGUGAUGCUAGCUCAGAUGGUGAAUCAAAUUAUGAUGCAGAUGACGAAUCAAAUUGUGAUGCUAGCUCGGAUGGUGAAUCAAAUUAUGAUGCAGAUGACGAAUCAAAUUAUAAUGUUAGCUCAAAUGACGAAUCUGAAGUUGACGAUGAACCAAAUCUAGAAAAUAUUUUGAUAAUGAUGGAAGAUGCACAAUUUGAUCCUAAAAUAAUUACUGAUAGUGUUAUUACAAUUAAACAACACGAUAAAGAAUUGUUGUCACUAUCAUCAAUUUUAUCAGCAAUCGACGCUGAAAUGCUUCAAGUAACCAAAAAACUUGAAGCAUUAUCAUUUGACGACACCGAAAAUAUUCAACCACUCAAAUCAUCAUCGAAAAAACUCAAAGCGGAUUCAAAUAAUCCAAAUGAUAAUAACGUUCAGGGCUCAAAUUAUCAAAAGGAUAAUAAUAAAGAUAAUUGGUUGAAGAUUGCUUUUGAAUCCGAGCUUAAAAAUACAAGUGAAUCUUCAGCAAGUCUAAAUAAUGAAGAUAAUUGGUUGAGGAUUGCUUUUGAUUCUGAGCUUAAAAAUAUAAGCGAAUCUUCAACAAGUCUAAAUAAUAAUAUUUGGGAUUCAAAUAAUCCAAACGGUGAAAAUGUAAAUAAUUGGUUGAAAAUCACUUUUGAUUCUGAGCUUAAAAAUACAAGUGACCGAUUUCAUCAAUGGGGUUUAAAUAAUCAAAAUGGUGAGGAUGAUUGGUUGAAAAUUGCUUUUGAAACCAAGCUUAAAAAUACAAGUGAUAAUGAUUUAGUCACGGUAGUAACAAUAGAAGAAAUAAGUCUGUUAGCAAUAGCUAUCGUCAAGAUAUCACAAUAG